UCUAACAAUCACCCGGCCCCAUCAGUCAGUGUCUCCCCAAACGGCAGGACGCCGUCACUCGCAGCGGGCAGCAACCCCCUCCCCUGACAUUUUUUAUACCCAGCCGCCUAACCCUCGAUCCCCAUCUCCAACGUCUCUCCAGCUCGCCUCGCCUUCGCAUCCUCUCCUCUCCUCUCCAAGUCCCCACCCCCCGCACCGGCGGCGAUCUAGGGUUUCCCACCGGUCUCCGGCGACCCGGACCUCCCUCCGGCCCCCAAGCCGCGCCCAUGGAGGCGCUCUCCCUCAUCGACGUCUCCGCCGAGGACGACCUCCUGCUCGACCUCGCCACUCCGCCCCCGGCCCAGGCCCCGCCGCGUCAUCCCGAUCCGCCCCACGCAGGAUCCCUGGUUGGCGCCGAGGCGACCUCUUAUUUGGACCCCGCCGGCGGUUCUACGGAUGCAGCGGGCCUGACUGCGGAUACCGAUGGUGUGAUGGAGGACCAAGCGGCCCCUGAGCGGGCGGAGUCCCCGAAGCAGCGGAAGGCCAAGACGGGGGCGAACCUCCGCAAGAGCUUGGCUUGGAACAGCGCCUUUUUUACCAGUGAAGGUGUUUUGGACACUGAAGAAUUGGCCAUUGUAAACAGCACCUUCCGCAAGACACAGGGUUCUAGGCUGCCUGGAAUCGUAGAGGAAAUGAGUAAAUCAGGGGAGUCAACAACCUCAACUCUGGAAAGUGAAACUUGGGUGACGGAAAGCCUUGAGACCGAGCUGUUUGACAACGUACGUGCUUCCAUCCAAAGGUCUCUUGGCAAACCUAAUAAAGUUCCAGGUGGGCCUGCUGCUAGCUCAAAACCCCCAAAGGCCACAGCAAAUGUGCUUCGUAUUACAGCUAGAAAAGGCGUUGAUCGGAUGCCUCAGUCUAAGAUAAGGACCCCUGUUUCAACAAGCCAAGGAGGAGUUGGUGCCAAACAAAGGCCCCAAGUUAACGUGAAAGACUCUGCAACUGCAAGAGUGAAUUUGCCUGGACCUGCAGAGGAAAAGAUAUCCUCAAAACCUCCUAGGGCUCUGCCAAGAGUUGCUAUGAUGAGGUCGUCAACUAACACAGCUAUCACUUCUGCAACUUCAGAUAAAAGAAGCAGCACUGGGGGUGCUGUUAACAGGCAAGCAGCUGGUAAAACUGCCAAUACUUCAGCUAGCGUGCGACCUGGUGGGGGUACAAAGUCCAAUUCAAUCUCAAAAUCAGGUGCCUUCACAUCAGCAAGUUCUUCCCGUGGUGUUCCUAUGGAUACUAGAUCAGAAGCAAGAACCAAAUCAACCCUAAGCAACAAGAUUAUCACUGCCCAGAGGGUCCCUGUUCGUUCAUCGUCAAAAUCUGAUAUUGCUGUCCAGAGGGUCCCUGUUCGUUCAUCGUCAAAAUCUGAUAUCAGCAAAACUGUCCCAUCGAGAUCAUCAGGGAACAAGUUCCCAGCUAGAGGUCAUGCUGGCCGUGCAUCCCCAAGCAUUUCACCUUGCAGUUCUGUGGACAGCAUGAGCUCUGUGAUAUCUGGGGCUUCAACAGCUUCCACUGUAGGGAAGAUGAGCCAUACAUCCGAGAGUUUGAAUACACUGUCUCCCUCCCUCAGGAAGAGCAAUGACCUCCCUCUGACCCCAAAGCUUAGGCAUCCUAUUGUCACAGAGGAAGAUUCUUUAGGAACAGCAGCAUGCCGUGAUAAUUCAAAAGCUACUUCAGACACAACCAACAUGGGAAAAGGUUUUAAGCCAUCCGGGCUGCGAAGGCCGACACCCAAGAUAGGAUACUUUGAUGCUGAAAAAUCCAUUGACCAAAACAUAGGUGCACAGGUGCAACUGCAACCUGUGAAGAUGCAGUGUCUGCUACCUGCCACACCGAAAUCUCAGCCACCUACUCAGAACUUGAACGCUGCAUCAUCUACCUUUGCUCAACAGGAAUCAAAUCCUGAUGCAGUACCUCUACCUCACGAGGAAAGUGAUCCUUCCAAAAGUAAGGCGGUGAAGGCACUGCCUCUUAAAGUUGCGCAGGUGGAAGUGGAGCCUUUUAAGGUGGCUGAACCUGAAUCCUGCACAGUUCAGACUGAUCCAAUUGUGGCCGAACAUGAGGCUGACAAAUCCGUUGACCAAAAUGUUGGUCCACAGCUGAAAUUGCAAUCCCUUAAGAUCCAGUGCUCGCUACCUGCCACACCAAACUCUACCUUUGUUGAACAAGAAUCCAAACCUAUAGCAGGACCUCAUCACGAAGCCAGUGUUUCCAAAAGUAAGGUCAUGCCUCUUCAAGCUGCACAAAUGGAAGCAGAACCUUCUAAGCUAGCCGAGCCUGAAGUGUGCAUGCACCAGAGCAGUCCAGUUGUGGCCAAACAAGAACCUGAGAAGUCCAUUGACCAAAACAUUGGUGCAUCGGUGCAACUGCCCCUUAAGGAGAUCCAGUGUUUGCAUCCUGCCACACCCACCUCUCAGGCAUCUUCUACCUUUUGUCAACAAAAAUCAAAACCUGUAACAGCACCUCAUGAGGAGAUCAGUGCUUGCAAGAGUAAGGCAGCAAAGGCAGUACCCCUCAAAACUGUACAAGUGGAAGUAGAUUGUCUUAAGGUUGCCGAACCUGAGGUGUGCCUUCACAAGACUGAUUCAGUGGUGGCUGCAGACACUCCAAAGGAGAACAUUCCGGCUGUGCACCAGAAUAUCAAGGCUAAUGUUGAUUCGAAUUCAUUAGUUGAUAUGUUGACACAGAAGCUGUCCUCCAUUUCCCUUGGGGAGGCCACCCCUGAUAUGGCCUCUUGAUCCGGAAGGGAACGGGUUUCGCGUGGUACCCUGCUGGUUGUUUCUGAUUACAUCCUUGUUAUCUAUAGGCAACUGCAGCUGCUGGCCCCAAUUUCACUUGCAGUGUGGUGUUUCAGUAAUUGAGGGAGUGUUACAAGUGUAAAAUCCUUUUGCACAGGUCUUGAUAGCUAUAGAACUUCACUUUAUUAUUGUAUGCAUAAGCACAUGUUUGUCCAUUACUGGUUUGCAAGUAAAGCGUU